GUUAAGGCUAUGCCCCCUGCUCAGGACUCCAGCCUACAGUUCACGUGAAUUCAGCUACCGAGUAUAGGCAAAAUGUUCUAUAUGCAUUUGUUUAUGAACAAGCGUGGGCCAUUGGCCAAAAUAUGGCUCGCCGCUCACUGGGAGAAGAAGCUCACAAAAACUCACAUAUUUGAAUGCAAUUUGGAGACUACCAUUGAAAAGAUCAUUUCACCAAAGGUCAAAAUUGCUCUGCGCACCUCAGGACACUUGCUUUUGGGAGUGGUGCGAAUCUAUCGUAGGAAGACAAAAUACCUCUUGGCAGACUGCAGUGAAGCUUUAGUGAAAAUGAAGAUGGCCUUUCGUCCAGGACUUGUUGAUCUUCCAGAAGAGAGCUUUGAAGCUGCUUAUAAUUCCAUUACAUUGCCUGAAGAAUUUCCUGAUUUUGAUACACAGCUACCUGACUUGCAUGCCAUUGAUGUUGCUGAACACUUUACUUUGAAUCAGAGCAGACCUGAAGACAUCACGCUUCCAGAAGAUUAUAGAAGGACUAUGCUUUCCAGUGAUGGGAAUUUUGGUGAGGAGACCGAAAUACUAAGAGGACAUAGCUUCUUCAAUGACGGCAUAUUAAGGAAUACUAAUAGUCUCUUGCUUGAUCAGAGCUCAGUGAGCCUCUCUGGAGACAAAUCUAUACUACGAGACAACACACAUGGAUUUAAACUCGAUGGUUUUGGAGAUGAAGAUGUCGCGGGGGAUAUGAUUGAAAAUCUGCUGAGGACUGAGCAAAAUAGCCUAAUUUAUGACAUUCUUGAUAUGGAGGAAGAAGUUCCUUUGUCACAGGAGCUUCCUGAUGAUAAUGCAGUGGUGAAUUCCAGCUAUGUAGGUUCUAUGCAUCCAGAAGAAAACCACCAGAUGAGUGAAACUACACUGUUGACAAACGAAAAAGAAGGAUUUACACUUGACCCAGUUGAUGCUACAGUUGUCAUAGGGAGAAGGAGCUUUAAAAGAAAGAGGAAGUUGCUUGUUGAUGUAGUGAAGGAGCUCAGCAGCAACACUAUUUACAAACAGCUUAGCAACAGCAUGGAUACUCUUACUAUGUUGGAUCUUGCACCCCCCACAAGAAAGUUGAUGAUAUGGAAGAAGUCAGGAGGAGUGGAUAAACUUCUGUCCCGUACUACACAGCCUUUGAUUAAUGCUGAGCUACAAAUGUUGUUUUCAAAUUGCUUUAAGUAUCAUGGCUUUAAGACUGGAAGAAAAGGUAUACAGACAGAGUCUGAAACUGAAGAAACAAGACAAGAGAGAGAGACUACAGAGAUGUUGAUAAUAGAAGAGUCAAGUUACCUGCAAGAGUCAGCUCUUACAGAAACUGAGAGAACUAUUACUGAUGAUUCAUUUGUGUUGGCAUUACAGAAUGGCAGAAAUGAGGAUGCUAAUAAAAUUGAUGAGGCUAUAGAUAUGGUGAGGAAUGAUCAAGACAGUGAAGAAAGAAGGUGGAGCAAAAGAACUCUUCGAAUAUUGAACACUUUACGGUACAUCAACAAAUCAGGAGUGAGUUCUGUCAGUUUUUUGAAGCUCUGUAAGAACAAUGACCGGAAACAAGUUUCAGCCAAGUUUUACAGCUUCCUUGUUCUAAAGAAACAGCUGGCUAUUGAGCUUACUCAGUGUGCUCCUUAUGCUGAUAUUAUAGCAACUGUGGGUCCAAAGUUCCAUACUAUCUGAGAGCUAGCAUUAUCUAUACAUACAAUUCAGAGACCAGUUAAAAAUUGUGCUCUGAAUUUUUCAAAAAUUCUUUUUUUUCCAGAGGAGGGAGUUGAAGGUCUCAUCAAACCAUGGGAAAUUGACAAAUAGUUCCCCCUUUUUCAUCCUUGCACCUCCUCUCCAGAUUAUGUAAUAGCUAACUUUGCAUAGGUGUGAUAUAUAUUUCGUGGUUAUUC